UCUCCCAUCGCCGCCUCCUCUCUCUCACCACUCCUCGCCAGAUCCAAUCCACCAACCUUCCCCAUGGCGCUCUCCGUGGAGAAGACCUCCUCCGGCCGGGAGUACAAGGUCAAGGACCUCUCCCAGGCCGACUUCGGCCGCCUCGAGCUGGAGCUCGCCGAGGUCGAGAUGCCCGGCCUCAUGGCCUGCCGCGCCGAGUUCGGCCCCUCGCAGCCCUUCAAGGGCGCCCGGAUCUCCGGCUCCCUCCACAUGACCAUCCAGACCGCCGUGCUCAUCGAGACCCUCACCGCCCUCGGCGCCGAGGUCCGCUGGUGCUCCUGCAACAUCUUCUCCACCCAGGACCACGCCGCCGCCGCCAUCGCGCGCGACUCGGCCGCCGUCUUCGCCUGGAAGGGCGAGACGCUCGAGGAAUACUGGUGGUGCACCGAGCGCUGCCUCGACUGGGGCGCCGGCGGCGGCCCCGACCUCAUCGUCGACGACGGCGGCGACGCCACCCUGCUCAUCCACGAGGGCGUCAAGGCCGAGGAGGAGUUCGAGAAGUCGGGCAAGGUCCCCGACCCAGAGUCCACCGAUAACCCCGAGUUCAAGAUCGUCCUCACCAUCAUCCGCGACGGGCUCAAGACCGACGCCCGCAAGUACCGCAAGAUGAAGGAGAGGCUCGUCGGCGUCUCCGAGGAGACCACCACCGGCGUCAAGAGGCUGUACCAGAUGCAGGAGUCCGGCACCCUCCUCUUCCCUGCCAUCAACGUCAACGACUCCGUCACCAAGAGCAAGUUUGACAACCUUUAUGGUUGCCGUCACUCGCUCCCUGAUGGUCUCAUGAGGGCCACUGAUGUUAUGAUCGCCGGCAAGGUUGCUGUGGUCUGCGGUUAUGGUGAUGUUGGCAAGGGCUGUGCCGCCGCACUCAAGCAGGCUGGUGCCCGUGUGAUCGUGACAGAGAUUGACCCCAUCUGUGCCCUUCAGGCCCUGAUGGAGGGCAUCCAGAUCCUCACAUUGGAGGAUGUUGUCUCUGAUGCCGACAUCUUUGUGACCACCACUGGAAACAAGGACAUCAUCAUGGUUGACCACAUGAGGAAGAUGAAGAACAAUGCCAUUGUCUGCAACAUUGGUCACUUUGACAACGAGAUCGACAUGAAUGGCCUUGAGACCUACCCUGGUGUCAAGCGCAUCACCAUCAAGCCUCAGACUGAUCGUUGGGUCUUCCCUGAGACCAACACUGGCAUUAUUGUUCUUGCUGAGGGGCGUCUGAUGAACCUUGGCUGUGCCACUGGCCACCCCAGCUUUGUCAUGUCCUGCUCAUUCACUAACCAGGUUAUUGCCCAGCUUGAGUUGUGGAAGGAGAAGGCCACCGGCAAGUACGAGAAGAAGGUGUACGUUCUCCCCAAGCACCUUGAUGAGAAGGUCGCGGCCCUCCACCUGGGCAAGCUCGGUGCCAGGCUGACCAAGCUCACCAAGGCCCAGUCCGAGUACAUUAGCAUCCCAGUUGAGGGUCCCUACAAGCCGUCUGCCUACCGGUACUAGUGCGUCCACUACAGCACGACUAGCGGCUGGGCUGAGCCUGAGCAGGCGCACCGACGGGAACUCUGCCUCGGCGACCUAUGAACUAUCCUGUUUUCCUUUGCAUUAUCUAUCUAGAUCUAGGCAUGUUGUCUCUUAGGUGGAGGAUUUGUCAUGGUUACGUUUUUAGACCGGUUAGGGUUGGUUGACGGAGGUGGCGUUUGCUUUUGCCCAGAAAUAAUUGCGUUAUUAUUUUGGUUUAAACGAGGUGUGAUUUGCCGGUUU